AUGUCAUCCACAGACAACACUUCGCCUCCCAUGGCAGAUCAGGGCUUGUCGGCGAACACACAGUCGCCGCCCGACAGAAAUAAGAAGAAGCGCAUUAGGAACUGGACCGCAGAUGACCGCGCAGCACAUCGAGUGUUUGAGAGAUCUCGACGGGAAGCGUUCAAAGAACGAUUGACCACGCUUGCGAGCCUUAUACCAUCACUGCGAUCAACCGACCCGAACAGACUUUCCAAACACGUUGUAAUCGACCAAAGCGUUGCGCUUCACAAAGCCGAGCAGCAGAAAAUAGCCGAGUCUGACCAGAAGAUUCAUCGCCUCGCAGCCGAACGCGAUGAGCUCCUCUCUGAGCUAAAUACAUGGCGGUUGAAUGCUGGUCUUGAAGUCCAUCAAGCCCGAGUUAUAGCUGAUGAUCCUGAGGCUGCCUCAAUACCAAUAAUGGGCGAGGUAGACGCUUCGAUGCUGAGAACUAGCAUUUCAUCUAUUGGAAUCGGCGAAGAGCAGGGAGUAACGGGCAGCGGCCCAAUAUAUCUGGAAGAACAAUCUUCAUUUACGCCUACAGAACAUGAGCUUCCACCUGAAGCAGUCUUAGUUCCGGCAGCCGAGACGGAACUGCCACCAACAUCAACAUCAACCAACACAGGAAUUCCAUGGAUGCCUCCUGAGAUGAAUUUCUCUAUUCCCAACUCGAUCCCUAUAAAUAGAGAGUUUCCCGCUGAUGCACUCAAUAAAUCGCCAUCCUACACUCACCUACCAAUGACGUAUGGCAUGGCCACCAAUGAUCUGGAUGAAGAAACUCUACAUUUCAACACAGCAAUGAUGCACAUGGCUGAUCCAUCAUCAUUCCACAAUGACACAUAUAUUUAUAAUCGGUGA